AUGUUCAAGGCGUUCAGCGUCCUCAUACUGCUGUGCGACCUGGUCAUGGUGCCGUACAUGCUCGCCUGGAAGAGCCCCUACGAGGGUUGGAUGUUCGCGGCGAUGUUGUUUUCUGCCCUGUUCUGGGUGCUGGACAUGGGGUCCAAAUUCAUCACGGGGUAUGUCAAGGACUACCAUGUGCAGAUGAGGCCCAUGGACAUUGUUAUGCACUAUGUGCGCACCCGGUUCCUUCUCGACCUCCUCUUUGUCUGUAGCGAUUGCUGCAGUUUGGCCGUCCUUUACAGUGCGGGCGCCCCUGGUGCGCCCUGGAUCUUCCACGCCAUGCGCGUCCUCAAAGCAGGGCGUUUGUUACAUAUCAGGAGUUUGCUUAAUGAGAGCGCAAUCAUCAUCACCGACGAAAAGUACCACAGUUCUAUGAUGUUCGCCGUCGUUAUCGCUGGGGCCCUGUGGCUCAACCACCUCAUGAGCUGUGCAUGGCAUGCCCUCGGCACCCGCGCCAACUCUGAUACUUGGCUGUACUGGGUAGAGACCGUGGGAAUCGACUAUGCGGAGUCAAGCGAGCUCUACCAGUAUUUGAGCUCUCUGCACUGGAGUGUUGCCACAUUCUUGGGUGGCAAUGUCGAGAUCUACUGCCGCAACUCCAGCGAGCGCGCGGUUUCGAUUGGUUACACUAUGGCAGGCCUCGUGUACGUGUCUGUGCUCAUUUCUUUGCUUUCGGCCGCGCUGGUCGACAGAAAUGAAGCAAUGAAGCAACAGACCCACAGGCUUGUGACGCUUCGCCGCUACCUGCGGGAGAGGAAGGUAAACCAGAGGAUCGCAAUUCUCGUGCAGCAGCAGGUCACCGAGCGCAUCGGCAAGAAAGAACAGCUCACCGAGAGGGAGGUAGAGAGCAGCAUGGGCUAUCUGUCUAAAGCCCUGCGGUACGAGCUGAGGCUGGACAUGUUCCGCCGCUACAUCACCACGCACCCACUGUUCGGACUCUGGUUCGACAUGGACAAGAGAGCUCUGCAGCUGCUCUGCGCGGAGACGCUGGGCUUCAGCGACCUCCGCGCCGCGGACGAGCUCUUCACCGCCGGGGCGGAGGCGGGCAAGGCCUACCACCUGAUCAGGGGAUCACUGCAGUACUCGCGGGACCACGUCGGGAUGGCGAGGGGUCCGGGCGGCUCCACGCGCGUGGAGCCUGAAGCGUGGCUCUCGGAGGCGUGUCUGUGGGCAGAGUGGAAGCACGCCGGCACCGCGGAGGCGCUGGAGACCUCCCAGGUGCUCUCCGUGACAGGGGAGGGCAUCAGCCAGGCCAUGGUAAAAAAUCCGCACGUGCAGGAGAUCACCGUGGAGUAUUGCAGGCUAUUCCACCAGGCUAUCGUCAGCGCCCGUCCACCAGAGGCGUACCCAGACGACCUGCAAGUGCCGCACGCCGAGUUCAGCAAUCUCGUCUUGAAUAUGGACCGAGAUAUCCAAGUUACGGUGGGCUUGCACGCAAUUGCCAAGAUGAGGGUGCAAAUUGGCGUGGGCCUCUUCAGGAUAAACUUGCCCGGCCAAGAUGAUAAGCUAGAGGCGUUGAGGAAGGAGGUUGAGUCAGGAAAGAGUACGGUCAUGGUGAACGCGCGUGGCGAGGUCGAGCGCUUCGUCUCCUUGGUAGCGGUCAGGCUUCUCAGCGAGGAUAAGUUGUUGGUGCAGCUUGCGAAACAGGAGAAGGCCCAAGAUUUCCUCGUCGAAUGCGCGCUGCCUGCGCAGAAAAAGCCGUUGGGUCUGAGCGUGGAGGAUUCCCUCAGCAAGAUCCUAGCGGAGAAGCUGAGCGAUUUUGUCGGUGACGCCGAGCCCGCGGUGCAGAACAUCCCGCAGCCCGAGGAGCGAGUGGAAGAGUCGAAGCUCUUUGGUAUCAACACGAAGUACUUGCGCUACGUUUGCACCGUGCGUGUCGAGAGUGGCGACGACUCGGUGGCGGCGAUGGCGACGCGCUGGCGGCCGACCGAGAGCACCGACACGGCAGCGAGCAUUCCAGGGCCCGGGCGCCGGAGCAGCCAAUCGGCCCAGCUGGCGGAGGAGAUGGGACCCCACAGGGGGCUGCUCGACCGGAAGAUGACGUGGUACGCGUGGGUCACGGAGGACGAGUUCGCCUUCCUGAAGCGCGCCGAGGUGAAGCCGCUGCUGCGCAGCUGGCUCGCGCUGCACGCCACCGACCUCGGGGGCCGGCCGCUUCAAGGCCUCAUGUCCGACGCUACGGACCCCGCCGUGGGGUUCCGGGCGAGCAUGCGCCGGGUGCCGCGAUGGCAGAUGGCAGAUCAGGCCGCGCAGAGCGCCGGCAGCACCGCGGCGAGGGCGCGCGCGACCGCGGUGCCCGGCGGCCCCCCGCCGCUGUCGCCCCGGCGGAGCGGCUGCGACCUCCCUGCGCUCGCGGAGCGCUCCCCCGAGGAUCGGGGGAGAAGAAACCCGCGGUCAGCAUCGUCGCCUAGGGGGGGGCAAGUCGGCCAGCGGGGCCAGUGA